CUAACUGUUAGUUACCGCAUAGCAGCGAAAACUAGUUAGUGUCGCCGGGAGCGGAAUGACGUCGGCCCCUCCUGCACCUGCUCCAGUGACGAGCAUCGCGACGGCGGCGGAGGCGGAUUGACCACCACCACCACCACCAAGACUAUCAACGGUGGCCAACAAUUCUCCUGUCCUAGCACUGCCUCUCUCACAUAAACAACUCCAACAGUGAGCGGACUGAGGCAUGCGACAAACUUCCUUCCAUUGUCGAUAGUCAAACUUCCCGUUCGCUUCCUGCAACACACGACGCUCUAUUCUGGUAUGCUUCUCCUCGUUUACCAUCCAUCCGAAUACAUCCAUUGCCAUCUCACAACAUCUUUCGCAACAUCUGCGAAACCAGACCAUCGUUAUGCGAAUCUUCAUCGUGCCUAUAUCGACGCGACGAGCUCUCAUCUACGCUCGGCCCGUCGGCCAAGAGGUGUCAAAGGAGCGCACAUAUAUCGACAAAAUCACCAACAAGGCGGCGGAGACAUGGGCAAAAUGGGAAGAAGCGGAUAAAGGAUGGAAGAAACACCUCGUUUCUUGGGGCAAUAAGGUGCAGCAACGGAUUCCGUAUCAAGAAUGGGGUCUCAAGAGCAUUCCCUCGCUGAGCUCUCAGCGGCGAAUUGACAAGACCUACGGGACAAAGAAAGUGGAUGUCCUCUUCCCUGGCAAUGCGAUACGAUCUGAGAAGCUCCAUUCCCUCCUGCAUGCUAUCGCGACCGAGAGGCAAGACUUGCAUCGCAAACGGAUGUGGUGGAGCUUCCUCGCGACACCCCUCACAGCACCGAUUGGUCUCCUGCCAGUCGUCCCCAAUAUUCCUUUCUUUUAUCUGGUAUACCGAGGGUGGUCCCAUUGUCGAGCUUUGAACGGAUCCAAGCAUCUGGAAUAUCUUCUAGAGAAGAACCUUUUGAAUCCUAUCUCCUACCCUGCGCUUGAGAAGCUGUACGCCAAACGAGUUUCGCAUGCACUUGAAUACACUAAAUUGGAUAAACCUCUCCCGGAGAUGGUGGAGGAUGUGGAGAAGAGUGACGAUAGACUGUUGCUGCGCAUGAGCGAUGCGAAGAAAUUGGCUACCAUUCUCGAGGCACCAGACCUGGCUCUUGAAGCCGAAAGGGCUAUAGUGCAAGUGCAGGAACAAUUAAAUCCGCACGAUCGGGAAGAUAAGAGCCAGAGUCCUCCCAAGGAGAAAGACACAUAAGUGGGCCCCAAUGGCAGACAGAGGGGUUCCUGAUAUUCGCAAAAGCUCGGCACUUCGCCACAGAUUCUUAGGGUUUGAGGUCGGAGUAUGGGUACAUAAACAUUAUAGAGCAUGAACAAGUG